AUGCACAGGCGGACUAUCGUGCAGCUCUCCCGUCAUCAUGGUAUCGAUUGGGCCAGUAAAGCUCGACUUCGAGAUACUUUAACACAUCCUCCGCCACGGCUCUUCCAUUCCUCCCCGAAUAGCCUUGACUCUUCCGACCCUUUCUCGACGAAAGAUGCAGACACAAACGACAAUACCUCCGCUUCCUCGAAGCCCACACCGAAUUUUGGUGGUCGCUGGGGAAGCAAGGCUGCGCAACCCGCGACCCUAAGUUCCUCGGAACUGGCCAUUCGAAACGCCUUGAUGGGCCAAACAGUCAGAGCGCACCGAAUUCCACGACAGGAGCGGAACCCAGAAAGAUCGCAAGGGCGCCAGCGAUUCGACAAUGCGCAAACACCAAAUUCCUUCCCUGAUCCUUUUGGGGAACAUGAUCGCACAGAACAUCAACAGCCGUUUAUCGACAAAGGUGAACGCAAGAGAAGACAUCCGCCGAACCGUUUUUCCUGGGUCUGUCCCAACUGUGACUUUUACUGUUCCGGCAAGCACUCGGCUUGUCCGCAAUGUGGGACUGACAACCCACAUGCAAAACCAACGCCUCAGCAGCGCAUUCAGGAUUGGAAUUGUCCCAAAUGCCAUUAUUUUUGCUUUGGUAAACACUUGUCUUGCCCAAAAUGCAUGACCAAGCGGCCGCCUCCAGAAAAGGUCGAACGAGCACAACGAGCACCAGAAGAAAUGCGUUAUAGGGAUUGGACAUGCCCCAGGUGCUUUUAUCCUGUUUUUGGCAAAUACAAGUCUUGCCCAAAGUGCGGUGCCAGACGAGCGGCUAUUGAGAUGUCAUCUCCCGAGCCUACCUAUGCUGAGGGGUCCAUCGGAAAUAAGAUCAACAUCCGCAAGCUGGCCAGCUCCGAAGAUGUUGGGUUGAAUGAAGAGGGGCCUCGAGCUAGAGCGCUCCAGAAGCAUAUCGCCAAGCAGCAGAGCGACGUCGAGCGUCAGGAACAAAAACUGAAUGGAACAAAGGUUCGAACGGAUCCGUGGUCAUGGGAUCCUUCUUCUUUGGAUCAGAUAAAAAUCGAUGAUGGCGAGAUUGUUGACCGAGGUAAAACGCCCAGGCGUCGGGAUGGCCGACGAAUGCAACAAUCCGAAGAUCGGGGCGGAGAAACGUUUGAUGAAGAAGAGUAUCGUCGGCGCCGUGAGGAGCGCAAGCGCUUGAAGCAAGAAAGAAAGGCACAAGAAACCGAGGUUGAACCCGCGUUGAGCCCCUUGUAUCUUCCAGAGUUUAUUAGCGUGAGCAACUUUGCCGAUGUUGUGGGCAUGCGGCCGGCCCAGUUCGUUGAGCGGCUAGAAGAAAUGGGCUUCGAAGACGUUUCGUACAAUCACAUUCUCGAUGCCGAAACAUCUGGCCUGAUUGCCGCCGAGUUUGGCUUUGAGCCCUUCUUCGACACCGGCGCCGAGGAUGACCUGAGGGCUGCGCCUGAGCCGGAGGACAAAUCCAUCUGGCCAUCGAGGCCCCCAGUGGUUACCAUUAUGGGUCAUGUAGACCAUGGCAAGACCACUAUCUUGGAUUGGUUGCGCAAGUCUUCGGUUGUGGCGUCGGAGCAUGGCGGCAUCACGCAGCACAUUGGUGCCUUCUCGGUCUCUAUGCCGUCCGGCAAAACGAUAACUUUCCUGGAUACGCCAGGCCACGCAGCCUUUUUAGACAUGCGUCGUCGCGGCGCCGAUGUAACGGAUAUCGUGGUCCUCGUGGUAGCUGCCGAUGACAGCGUCAAGCCACAGACAAUUGAAGCCAUCAAGCACGCAACAAGUGCCGGGGUCCCUAUCAUCGUGGCCAUCAGCAAAAUUGAUAAGCCAGGCAUCAACCCUGAAAAAGUCAAGCAGGAUCUUGCCGUCCACAACAUCCACGUGGAAGACUAUGGCGGUGAUGUACAAGCUAUUGGAGUAAGUGGAAAGACGGGUGAGGGAAUGUUGGAACUUGAAGAAGCCAUCAUCACUCUCUCUGAAGUCCUGGAUCACAGAGCCGAUCGAAACGGCGCCGUCGAAGGUUGGAUUGUCGAGGGCACCACUAAGAGCUACGGCCGUGCGGCAACUAUGCUCGUCCGACGUGGCACCCUUCGGCAGGGUGAUGUAAUCGUCGCAGGUACGACAUGGGCUCGUGUGCGCACUCUGAGGAACGAAGCUGGCGUUGUCAUUCCCGAGGCCACUCCUGGCAUGCCUGUCGAGGUUGAUGGUUGGAGAGAACAGCCCGAGGCAGGCAUGGAAUUCCUCCAAGCCGAGGACGAACAGCACGCCAAGGAAGUCAUAGAAUACCGACAAGAGAGGGCAGAUGUACAAAAGCUGGGCGACGACACUACCGCUAUCAACGAGGCCCGCCGGGAACUGACUGAAAAGCGGCAAAAGGAUGCUUCGGAGGCCGGCGAUGAGUCUGGUGUCGGCAAGACAUCUUCCGGACCCAAGGCGGUUCAUUUCGUGCUCAAAGCGGACGUUGGCGGAUCUGCCGAAGCUGUUCUCAACUCGGUCACGGCAGUUGGAAACAACGAGGUGUAUGCCAAUGUGCUCCGUUCGGAGGUGGGACCGAUCAGCGAGUUUGAUAUCGAGCAUGCGGCUGCUGCCGGGGGCCAAGUCAUCAACUUCAACAUGCCCAUAGACCCGAGUAUGCGACGAUUGGCGGAGGCCAAGGGCGUGACGAUCAUGGACCACAACAUUAUCUAUAGACUCGUGGACGAAGUCAAAGAUACAUUGAGCGAGCAGUUGCCUCCUCGCGUAACCCAGCGUGUCACGGGAGAAGCCGAGAUUGGCCAGAUCUUCGAGAUCUCCCUGAAGAAACGAAACAAAACGUCCAUUGCUGGUUGCAAAGUACGGAAUGGUGUGAUCAACCGAACGAAGAAAGUCCGAGUGCUAAGAGGCCAGGAAACCAUUUAUGACGGCUCAAUCACUUCACUAAGAAACGUCAAGAAAGAUGUGACUGAAAUGCGCAAAGACACCGAGUGUGGUAUCGCCUUUGAGAACUGGACAGAUUUUGCUGUGGGCGACCAAAUUCAGUGCUACGAGGAGAUCUUUGAAAAGAGGUCCCUCUAA